AUGGAAGACGCGUUCUGCAGGACUGCUGAAGAGGUUCUCGAAGCAUUUCAAGUACGCAAGGACUAUGGCCUCACUGAGGAACAGGUGGCGCUGUACGCCCAGCGGUACGGUAGGAACGUAACAGCUCGUGAGGAGAGCGCACCGCUGUGGCAGCUUGUCGUGAAACAGUUUCAGGAUCAGUUAGUUUUAAUACUUUUGGGUGCUGCUGGAAUUUCUUUUAUUCUAGCUUUAUUUGAGGACGAUGAGGAUCGGGUAACAGCGUUUUUUGAGCCUCUGGUUAUCGUCUUGAUUCUCGCUGCGAACGCUACUGUCGGUGUGAUUCAGGAGACCAACGCAGAGAAGGCGAUAGAAGCCUUACGGGAGUAUGAACCGGACGACGCUACCGUCUUGCGCUGCGGAGAACUUCGGCGGGUGCGGUCAGAAGAGCUUGUUCCCGGUGAUAUUAUCGAGGUUUCUGUGGGUAUGCGCGUUCCAGCGGACUGUCGCAUCAUCGAACUUGCCUCCACGGUACUCUACGCGGACCAAUCCGUCCUCACCGGGGAGAGCAUCAGCGUGAGCAAGUCUCCAGAGGCUAUAACGGACACGCAGUGCAUGAUUCAGGACAAGACCUGCCUGCUAUUCGCAGGUUGUACGAUUGUGCGCGGCAAGGCCCGGUGCGUUGUUACUCAAGUCGGUGAACGAACGGAAAUCGGGAAAGUGCGCCGCAAUAUCGCAGAAACAAAAGCGGUGAUGACGCCUCUCAAGCGCCGCUUGGAUGAGUUCGGCUCACUCCUCAGCAAAAUCAUUCUGUUGAUCUGCGUUCUGGUGUGGCUGAUCAAUAUUCGAAACUUUUGGAACCCCGAGCACGGGGGGUUCCUUCGAGGUGCAGUCUAUUAUUUCAAGAUAGCUGUUGCUUUGGCUGUAGCAGCGAUACCAGAAGGUCUGCCUGCUGUUGUAACGACAUGCUUGGCACUCGGUACAAAACGAAUGGCCCGCAAGAAUGCGAUCGUGCGCUCGCUGCCGAGCGUGGAAACGCUGGGAUGCACCAGUGUUAUCUGCUCGGACAAGACAGGAACCAUCACGACGAAUCGCAUGUGUGUGACGCGUGUCUUGCUGGUGAGCGAUGUGCUCCCCGCCGGCGAUGGAAAGCUUCUGGACCUCGAAGUGACGGGCCACGGAGACUUCUCACCGUUUGGAAAUGUUGUCUACAACGGUUCAGUCUUGGAGAGUCCCCUGAAGAGCCUGCCCCCGUUGGCGGAGCUGAGCAUCGCGGCAACCUUCUGUAACGAUGCUUCAAUCACCUUCAACAUGAAAGGAAGACAGUACGACAAAAUCGGGGAAGGGACUGAGGCAGCCCUGAUCACGCUGGUGGAGAAGCUUCGCACGCCCGAUGAACACUACAAUGCGGAAAUAUCUCACAUGCCUCUCGUGCAACGUGCAACGGCAACCAGAGCCUACUGGAACCGGCUCUUCGAGCGCGUUGCAACACUAGAAUUCACCCGCGAUCGCAAAUCAAUGAGUGUCUUUUGUCGUCGUUUAUCUGACGAGUCGCUCCAUAUGUUCGUGAAGGGCGCUCCCGAACGCAUUCUGGAGAACAGCGAUUAUGUAUGCAUUGGCAACGGUAUGCGUAUUCCGAUCACGCCGGUGCUUCGUCGUCAGCUUCUGGAUGCGGUCGCGAGUCUCAGCAGCGGUGUCCAUGCGCUGCGAACGCUCGCGAUUGCAACUAGAGAUCAUCCACCAGCAUUGGAAACCGUAGAUAUGCGCGACACCCAAAGCUUUGCGCGAUACGAAUCCAACCUGACGUUCAUUGGGCUGGUCGGGAUGAUUGACCCACCGCGGGAGGAGGUGCGUGCUGCCAUCGAGACCUGUGCGCUUGCCGGAAUCCGCGUGAUUGUUAUCACCGGAGACAACAAAGCAACCGCUGAGGCUAUCUGUCGACAGGUGGGUAUAUUUGAUGACUACGAAGAUCUCUCAGGGAAAAGUUACACUGGUCGAGAGUUUGAAUUGCUUCCCGAGGAUGCACGUCGCCAGGUCGUCCGAAGAGCGCGUCUUUUUGCGCGCGUCGAGCCGCUCUGCAAACAACGCAUCGUGACGCUUCUGCAAGAGCGAGGUGAAGUAGUCGCCGUCACCGGCGACGGUGUGAACGACGCUCCGGCCCUGAAAGCUGCAGAUAUCGGCAUCUCCAUGGGUACCGGGACUGCCGUUGCAAAGGGUGCCGCGGACAUGGUACUCGGCGAUGAUAACUUCGCCACGAUCGUUGCUGCGGUAGAAGAGGGUCGCGCGAUCUACGAAAACAUGCGACAGUUCAUUCGAUAUCUCAUCUCGUCGAACAUCGGGGAGGUUUGGUGCGUUUUCCUUACCGCUGUGCUGCAUACACCCGAAGCGCUGGCACCGGUGCAGUUACUCUGGGUCAAUCUGGUGACUGACGGUUUACCAGCUACCGCGCUUUCCUUUAAUCGACCGGCCAAGAACAUCAUGCAGCAACCACCGCGACCCAGCAAUGAGCACAUCGUGAAUGGGUGGCUUCUCUUCCGCUAUCUCGUCAUCGGUACUUACGUAGGUGUUGCGACAAUCGCUGGGCUCAUCUGGUGGUACAUGUUCUAUGCAGGCGGACCUCAACUCUCCUGGUCUGAACUGCGCCUGCAUCGACAGUGCCAGUCUGGAAACGACUUGGGUACAGGUCUCGCUAUCAGCUGCGACAUUUUCCGAAGCAGGCACCCGAGCACUGUCUCCUUAUCCAUACUCGUGACCAUCGAGAUGCUGAAUGCACUGAAUUCUCUCGCUGAAAACGAGAGUAUUACCAUCGUCGGACCAUGGACGAACCCGUUCCUCGUACUCGCGAUAUGCCUGAGUUUGGCGCUUCACGCGAUCAUUCUUUAUGUGCCGUUCUUCAAUCGUGUAUUUGCAACAGCCCCGCUCGAUUUUCAAGAAUGGGUAGCAGUCCUAUGGCUCAGUCUGCCGGUGGUAUGGCUCGAUGAAGGGCUCAAAUAUUUCAGUCGACUGCAGAAACGUCGUCAAACAAUCAAGAAGAUGCGGUAA